GGCUCUAAAAACCCGUAAUAACGUACUCACGUAGUUUGAGUUGAACGUGAAUGUGGGAGCUGCUCGAAACUGAUGGUCCUACUACAUCACAGUAACGGUAUGCAGCAGAGGUGGGGAUGGCUUGGAAAUCAAAAACCCGAAAUCUGCAGGUGUUCGACACAGAGCUGAGUGCUGAUGCGGUGGAGUGGUGUCCUGUUCCACUGUGGUACAACAUAUUGGUGUGUGGAACAUAUCAGUUACAGAAAGGUCCAGAUGGGGCGAUGGAAGACAACGCCACUCCCACCCGGACUGGCCGUUUGUACCUGUUUGAAUGUAACCAAGAGGGAUCCAUGACCCCACCUCUCACUGAGCUGCAGCGUAUCAACACCCCGGCUAUUUUAGAUUUGAAAUGGUGCCAUGUGCCUGUUUCAGAGAAGCCUUUGUUGGGCAUGGCCACAGCCAGCGGGGAGCUCCAGUUGUUCACACUCGGUGAGAGUCAGGAAGCCCAUUGGGGUCUUAAGUCCUUGACCAGUUUGGAAAUGGGAGUUGACAGGUUGGCUUUGUCUUUAGAUUGGUCCACAGGAAGAGGGGACAGCAGUGACAUGCGACUGGUGUGCAGUGAUUCUGCAGGCUGCAUCAAUGUGCUCUGCUUUGGGGAGGCUAAUCUGACAGCCAUGUCACAGUGGAAAGCCCAUAACUUUGAAGCCUGGAUUGCUGCGUUCUCCUACUGGGACACACAGCUGGUUUACUCGGGUGGGGAUGACUGCGAACUUAAGGGCUGGGAUCUUAGGAUCGGUUCCUCCUCCCCUACUUUCACUAGUAAGAGGCACUCAAUGGGUGUAUGCAGUAUACACAGUAACCCACAUCGGGAGCACAUCUUAGCUACAGGAAGCUAUGAUGAGCAGGUGCUGCUGUGGGACGGCAGGAACAUGCGGCAGCCGUUCAGCGAGAGUUCCCUUGGUGGUGGCGUAUGGAGACUGAAAUGGCAUCCAGUCCACGAGCACCUGCUAUUGGCUGCCUGCAUGCACAAUGACUUCCAUAUCCUUCACUGCCAGCAAGCCCUUGAGGGUGGCGGAGGAGUUUGCUCCAUUUUGGGCUCCUACAUCCUCCACAACUCCCUGGCUUACGGAGCAGACUGGUCCCGAAUGUCUCUGAAUGACCCACCUCCCUACUCCCCUCAGACUGCAGAACCAAAGCAAAGCUACUCGGAAAGUAGAGGACACUUGAGGAUUCAAUACGAAUCUCCUACCGCCAGUUUUGACACGUCGUUGGAGGAUGAUACUGGAAACUACAUCCCUGAGACUGUCACACCUCCCUCCACCAGCUCUUCUGCAGGUCCGACCCUUAAACAAACAGGCGAUGCCCCCUCACUGUCCUGUCUGCUUGCUAGCUGCUCUUUCUAUGACCAUAUGCUACAUGUGUGGCGCUGGGACUGGACUCCUGGUGAGGCCUGCAUCACUGCUAAAGCUGACAACGAAAGAGGGUCCGUAAGCUCAGAGCCACUGUGACCUGGCUUCAAGCACCAGCCAAGUUGAUAACAUGGAGAAAUAUUAAAUUAUAAAACUCACAGAAAAGCAGAUUGUAGUCUAGAAAAGCUUGUUGGUACCAAAGUUUAUAUUAAAAACAAAAAGAUUUUCUACUGGGGGGGGGGGGCUAUAACAUUGGAACAAGCUGCCUGAGGAAAUGCAAUAAGUACACUAUCUUCAAGGAAAUAAUCAAGAAAUUGCUUUUAUGCACUGUCUUGCUGUCAUUAUGCUGUAGUACUUUAAUCCAUUUCAUAAGAGUCCAGUGUUGCUUGGGGUGGGGUUCUAAUAUUUCUGAGUUCUCUUUAAUAUGCACUGGGCGAUUAUGGAUUCUGUUUGAUUUUUAAGGCAUUUUUCUUUUAUUCUGCAGCAUUGUUACACCAAGAAAAUAUAACUGUAAUGGUUACUAUAAAGACCUUAUUUGAAAUUUUAAACAAAAAAUAAACCAGCACCAGCAUUAAGUACCUCAUAGUAAUGGGUGAGAGAGCUUUCCUUUUUUAUGUACCUCAUAGUAAUGGGUGAGUGAGCUUUCCUUAUGCUAUACUUUCAUCAUCCUCAGAAUCAAGUUGACCUCAUAAUGCUCCAGGGGUUGGAGGGCAGUUCAAUUCCCAACAGCACACCUGACAUUAGUAGGGUACGACGUCUCAGGUUGAUGGUUGCCAACAUUUUAGCCUUGAACUGUAAUGUUAAUCUCCAACCACCAGGUUAUUCUGCUGCCUGCGCCCAUUAUAAACCAUGUAGUUAAACUGCCUGCAUUUGUGGAUUUAUAUUACAACUCCCAAUGAGCAAGCCAUAACCAGUUUUACCUUUAUAUAUUUUAAGAAAUUGUCCUCCUCUGUGCUAUUCUGUAGAAAUCUAGAGCUUUUCCUAAUAGGAAUUGAUGGAGCAUCAACACAGUAGUCCAUAAAAUUUGCCUAGUGUGAUCCCACCAAAGCCACGUUUACAGUUGUGACAAUCUGAUCAAUAUCGGCAAAUGCUGAUGUAGAGGUGAAUAUCUUACUUUAACAAAUGUGAGAACAUUGCUUAGUCAAUGGCACCUAUGCUGUAGUU